AUGGAGGAAGAACUUUCUUAUCUAUGUAAGGGCUUAAGACUCACGGAGGAGGAACAACAAGAAAUAUUCCUUCCUAAGGAAGAACUUUUAAUUGCACAGGAUUUCAGUAACGUGUGUCUUGCUGAACUGGUGGUAUCGGAAAGGGAAGUAAAUAAAGGUGCUUUCAAAGCAACUAUGACCAGGAUAUGGAAUGCCGAAGGGGGUCUAUCGUUCAAAGAAUAUGGCAGAAACAAAUUCCUCAUUGAAUUUCACAACCUCUCUGUGAAAAACAAGGUGCUGGUUGGUCGACCAUGGUCUUUUGAUAGAAGCUUAAUCUGCCUUCAAGAAUGCAAAGGAAAGCAAGCCUUGAAAGACAUCCAGUUCGAGUUAGAACCUUUCUGGAUCCAACUACAUGACCUCCCUUUUGCAGGUCUAAACAGAACUAUGGGUGAAAAAUUGGGAGGAAGUGCUGGCAAGGUCCUUACUGUAGAGGUGGACGAAAAAGGAAGAGCAUGGGGGGGAGUCCUGCGGGUAAAGGUUCUCAUCAACAUUUCCAAACCUCUGGCAAGGGGAAGACUAGCUUUAGGUGAAAGUCAACCCUCCACAACACAAGCACAAUAUGGAUCCUGGCUCAGAGCCACUGCACUUCUUAAAACUUCAAGCCACAAACCUCAGGCAGGCAGUCCAGUGGGGAGGGCCUCGGGCAAGGGGCGGUAUGAUAGCUCAGAAGAACAAAGUGCAGAUUUUGGCGGGAACAAUUGCUCUAGAAAGUCAAAUGAUGUCAGGGAAACAGUACCUAUUGACCCUGUGCUAUUAGAGGGUGAUGUGGAGGAGGUAAGGGGAGUUGGUACCUCUCAGACUCAAAAGUACAAUGAAAGCCUUCAAAGGUCAGAAAAGGAAGCCUCUCACAGUUUCGAGGUGUCAGAUGCAGCUGCUAUCACAACCAUCCCUCCCAAGGACCAAACAGUCUACCUGGCAGCAGAUAUCAACAUGGCUAAUGCAGUGGAAAAUCUACAGGGAUCCCUACAAACAGGGACAAGGGUAGAUGUCACUAGAGGAAGUCUUGAGAGAUGUAGAUUCCAAUUAAGAGAGUGGAGUAACAUCAGCAGAAAAGCUCACCAGCAGGAACUGACCCAUAAGAAUGAACUUUUGAGAACCCUGCAAGCUACCAAUACUGGCCUGUAUAAUGAUCAAAUCAAAUCCUUACAAAAGGAGUUGAACUCCUCACUAGAGCAGACUGACCUGAAGUGGAGGCAAAGAGCCAAACAAAGGUGGCUCCAAGAUGGUGACAGGAAUACCAAAUACUUUCACAAGUGUGCCUCGGCUAGAAAACAGCAGAAUAUACUUCAGAAACUUCACACUGAGGAGGGCCAAGUUUUGACAUCUCAUAAGGACAUAGGGUCUGAAUUCCAAGCUGUGUUUAUGGACCUUUUCACAUCCUCCAACCCCAAUGUUUCCAACUCCAUUUUGGAUGUCCUCAAUCCCACGGUCACCUCUGAAAUGAAUCUGUCCCUUACUAAGGCAUACACCAGGGAGGAGAUCGAGCUGGCAGUACAUAAUAUGAAUCCACUGGGGUCUCCUGGUCCAGAUGGAUUUCCAGCAAUUUUCUUUCAAAGCCACUGGCUCACGGUAGGCAUAGAUGUAACAGAUGCAGUAUUAGAGCACCUUAACACAAAGGCUGGCUUUCAAGCUAUCAAUCACACCUUUAUAACCCUCAUUCCAAAGAAGAAUUCCCCUAUGAAGGUCAAUGACUACAGGCCAAUUAGCCUCUGUAAUGUGUACUACAAGAUCAUAGCUAAGGUUCUUGCAAACAGGUUGAAGACCAUCUUGCCAAAGAUAAUAUCUGACACACAAAGUGCAUUUGUUCCUGGAAGAAUGAUCUCAGACAAUACUAUAGUUGCUUAUGAAAUCCUACACUCAAUGCAAAACAGAAGAAAGAAUGGUAGGGAAGCUUACAUGGCCCUCAAGCUUGAUAUGAGCAAGGCCUAUGAUAGGCUAGAGUGGCCUUUCAUUCACAAAGUGCUCCAACAAAUGGGUUUUGUCAGAGAGUGGACUGAUCUGAUCAUGCAAUGUAUAGGAACAGUGUCUUACUCAAUCCUAGUUAAUGGCAUCCCUCAACCCUCUUUCAAACCAUCAAGAGGAAUACGACAAGGAGACCCCCUUUCCCCAUAUUUGUUUAUGCUGUGCUCAGAAGUUCUCUCAUUGGCUUUGAAUUUGGCUGAACAGCAAGGCUCUAUCUCGGGUUUCCCUCUUUCAAGAGGCUCUAUAACAGUCAACCACUUAUUCUUUGCAGACGAUAGUAUGGUCUUCUGCAAGGCACAUCAGCAGGAAUGGUCCCAACUUCAGCUCAUACUCAAUUCUUAUGAAGCAAGCUCUGGUCAGAGGCUCAACCUGGAGAAGUCUUCAAUUUACUUUAGCAAGAACACAAGCCAAGUGGCCCAAUCUUCCAUUCUAAACAUGGCUGGUAUGAAGGCAUCGGGUCCCUUUGAGAAGUACUUAGGCCUACCCUCUUCUAUUGGAAAAAACAAGAGCAGAGCUUUUAAUCCUAUAUUAGACAGAAUCAGAACUCAGAUGAGCAAUUGGAAAAUAAAUUUCUUGUCCUCAGCAGGGAAAGAAGUCUUGCUAAAGUCAGUCAUUCAAUCCAUUCUCACAUAUUGUAUGGGAAUCUUCCUAAUUCCCAAAGGAAUCCUGAGGAACAUAAAUAAACUAUUGCAAUCCUUCUGGUGGGGGAUUAACAACCAAAAGUCCAAAAUGCACUGGCUUAGUUGGAAAGGAAUUGGUAAGGGCAAGCAAGUUGGGGGCCUGGGUUUUAGAGACUUUGAAGACUUUAAUAAAGCCAUGCUAGCCAAGCAAGGGUGGAGGCUUCUCACCAACACUCAAUCCCUUGCCUCCAAGGUUCUCAAAGCCAAAUACUUUCACUCUGGUGAUUUUCUCUCGGCUAAAGUCAGAGGGAGUGAUUCCUUUGUAUGGAAAAGCAUAGCAGCAGCCAGGCCGUUGUUGGAUGAAGGAGCUACUGUAAACUCUCUAAUAGAUCAAGAUACUCACUCCUGGAAUCUGGCUCUCAUACAAGAGGUCUUCACUCCCGAGGAAGCAGCAGUCAUAUCCAAGCUACACGUCAGCCCUUGCAGUAGCAGUGAUAAACUAACUUGGAGAUGCACCACAAAUGGCUUGUUCUCAGUAAAGUCAGCAUAUCACCUUCAGGUUUCCAUGAAUGAAAGCAGGCAUGGGCAGGGCUCUCAACCGCCUAACCAGGGGGCCCUAUGGAAGCAAUUGUGGAAGCUUAAAGUGCCAAAUAAAGUUAAAGUGUUUUUGUGGAGAGCAGCAAAGGAAAUCCUUCCCACCAAAGCAAACUUGUUUAGAAGGAAGAUUGUUGAAUCUCCUUUAUGCCCCAUAUGUCACUCCUUUCCAGAGACCACAGCUCAUGCUCUAUGGUUAUGCACGGCAGCCAAGGAUGUUUGGAGUUGUGGCUUGAGAAGACUCCAAAAGUGCAGAUCAGAGGAACUACCAUACCAUGAGCUACUUGCAGGCCAGCUCUCUCUUCUCCCUGUUGAGGAACAUAUGGAGCUGGCCCUUACAGCCUCUAAAUUGUGGCACAGGAGAAACAAGUUUGUUUUUGAAUCUAGAUUCAGCUCCCCUCUGCAGGUCUCCAAGUCUGUCACCUCGAGAAGGAGUGAACUGGAAGAGUUCAAUAGUCAACCAAAGGAGCAACCUUUCCCAGCUCGGGGACCAGUCGAGUGGUGCAGGCCUCCUACAGGUUUCUACAAAAUAAACUGGGAUGCAGCCAUUGAUGGGGUGAAAUGCAUGGUGGGAAUUGGAGUGGCAGUCAGAGAUUGGAAUGGUCUUGUCACAGCCACACUUAGAUGUCCUAAAAACUCCUUCCCUGAUCCUCUGCUGGGAGAGGCUUUGGCUGCAUUGCGAGCUAUGCAGUUGGGUCUAGAGAUUGGCCUCCAUAAUGUCAUUUUUGAGGGGGACUUUAAGCUAGUGGUCAGUGGGAUUAACGGUGGUGCUGAGGAUUGGAGCACUGCAGGCAUGAUCUUCCUUGAUAUUAAGAAAAUUUUGCUUUCCUACCAAUCUUGGUCUUUUAGGCAUGUACCUAGGCAGACCAAUGUAGUGGCUCACUCCCUAGCUAAAAGCUCUCUGGAGCUUGGUGAGGAGUCUGUUCUGAUAGAGGAUUAUCCUCAAUGCAUUUGUAACCUUCUUCACGCAUAG